CCCACCUGUUCCCUGCUCGUACGCUUGCCGAAUGCCAUGGCAUGUCCCGAACCCGAACCUCUUCCCUUUCGGCCUCUCGAGCACUCACCCACACACGCGUGGGUGUUCAUCGCGUUCCGGCCACGAUCGGGUUCGCCCGAUCAUUUCUACUCUCGCUGCACAUUUCGCCCGGUUUGGUAGAACCCGUUGCAGGGCUCGCCUACUUAGAACUUUCUUUUCGUAACAGGCAUGUUUGGCAUCAUCUGCAGAAUACCUCGACGAGGAGAUGUGUACAGUAACACCAUUCCUUGAACUAUUUGCGAUGAGCACAAUCGCAUCGACAGAAACAGAUACCGAAGCUGAGGAUGAAGAGGAGAUGCAUUAUAGAUACAUUCACAGUAGCUUCGCCUCACAAACAGCACUGGAGUGCUGGCUAAACGAACUUGAACAGUGUUUCGAGGAAGCAAAACUAUUGGCCUCGGCUCUGGGCAUUGACCGUAUAGACGACAAACAACAGUACGAAGACGACGAACAGUAUGAAGACGACAAAACCCAGUAUGACGAUGACGAACGGCAGUAUGUAGUAGACCCCCAGCCCACACCAGAAAAUAAAGCUUACCAGCAACAGGUCUUGGGCAGAUUAUGGGCAUUGAUGGCGCGCAACAACUGUGAGGUGGACGACUCUUUCGAUGCAGGUAAUACAUCAGAUUCAAACACAGGCAUCGAAGACGACGAAAUGCAGCGCAAAGAUAGUGAACAUCAGUGUGAUGACAACGAAAUACAUUACGAAGACAACUACAACAAAGCCACCGAGUAUGAAGAAGUCUUCCAGGCCCUAUCCCCACCGAGUGCUAGUUAA